CUCCUGCCAGCCCCUGCUCUGCCGGGUCGCCCAGGUCUCCGAGGCUUGCAGACAGUGCGAGGAGGAGCAGGACGGCCUCGCCCGCCGUGGAUGUCCCCGCCCGGGGAGGACCGCAAGUUGUGUGCGCGCCCGGGAGCCGGGAGAGAAGGGGCCGCCGCCCGCCGCCGGGGACCAUCGUUCUAGUGCAGAGGAUGGGAACUUGAUGCCCAGUAAGCCUGAAGCUCCGUUCUGUGAUUAGAGACUCCUGCGUCACAGAACUGUGGAAGACCUGCAGGUCCCUGGUGAUUUCACACCUUCCUUCCCUCCCGCAGUCCCAGAACAUUCGCUCAAGGUCCUUGCUGCCCUGUCUGGUGAAAGAUGGCAUCCAGCCUGACUUGCACUGGAGUGAUCUGGGCUUUGCUCUCUUUCCUCUGUGCUGCCACCUCCUGUGUGGGGUUCUUUAUGCCUUACUGGCUCUGGGGGUCACAGCUGGGCACGCCUGUGUCCUUCGGUACCUUUCGGAGGUGCUCGUAUCCGGUCCAUGAUGAGAGUCGCCAGAUGAUGGUGAUGGUGGAGGAGUGUGGACGCUAUGCCUCCUUUCAGGGCAUCCCCAGCGCAGAGUGGAGGAUCUGCACCAUCGUCACAGGCCUGGGCUGCGGCCUGCUCCUCCUGGUGGCGCUCACUGCCCUCAUGGGUUGCUGUGUCUCCGAGCUCAUCUCCAGGACAGUGGGAAGAGUGGCUGGAGGAAUUCAGUUCCUGGGGGGCCUGCUGAUUGGAGCUGGAUGUGCUCUCUAUCCCUUGGGCUGGGGCAGUGAGGAAGUCCGGCAGACGUGUGGCUACGUUUCCGGCCAGUUUGACCUGGGUAAGUGUGAAAUCGGCUGGGCCUACUACUGCACGGGAGCAGGUGCGGCGGCUGCCAUGCUGCUCUGUACGUGGCUGGCUUGUUUUUCCGGCAAGAAACAGAAGCACUACCCAUACUGAGACGGAGCCUCCGAGGGCAGACGGAGGAGAUGGGCCAAAGUGGCUCGGAAGGGGUCGAAGCAUCCAGCUACUUUAAAAAGGUGGAAUAGUGGUUCUAAUCCAAUGCAAUGCUAAUGAAAUGAAACCCGAUAAAAUCAGGAGCAUUAUAAUGGGAAGGAAGGGGGCUGGGGGAGAUUCGUGAAAGAAAUGCAAAGUAUGGGAUGCUGGAGAAAAAUGAACCAAAGGCCAAAAAUAUUGCAGGGUAUCGGGUGUUCCUAUUCCACACAGUAUUGUUAAUGUUUAACACACACACACGCGCACACACACACGCGCGCUCGCGCCUGCGCACGCACAGCCAAUCAAAAUAUGCAAAGACGUGUUUUCUUUUUAAAAGUGAGGAUUCAGAAAAUCAAAAGGGCUAGUAGAAACAGUGUUAUGUUGGGAAGCAGGGUACCCUGCAGAUGCGCCCUGGAGGCCACAGCACUCCCGAAAGCACACACAGACACAGCACCCGCGCACAGACACACGGAUCGUCACACAGACCGCAGGAGGUUCAGUGGUGCAUUUCUCCUGUUUUCUUUUUAAUAUACAUUUAAACAGCAUUAUCACUUUAUAAAGCUACAAUAAGCCUAAUAAAUGGACCAGUAAGCCACUCUAUCAGUAUUUUGUAUGUCCUGCAUAAACUCUUUACACCCCCCGUGUGUCUUCAGUGUUUACCUUUAGAGUUAAGCCUUCAUAUUUCAGUGUUACUCAGAGAUAUGCAAUAUUUCUCUGAGUAGCUUCCGCUAUGAUAUUCUUAUGAAGUAAAAGGACAACUUCCUGUCCUCUGAUAAGGAGAGAAUUCCACUGCAGGUAUGAGAGUAUUAAGAGACAUUUUCCAGUCAUUGGACUUUAUUUUCUUUUGUCCAUUAUUGUUCUGUGCUGUACCCCAUUUAUUUCAAUAUUCAUUUUGUAAAAAAAAAAAAAAAAUGCAAAGUGCUAUUUUGUUUGUAUUUGCAAAGCUCUGUGAAUAAAUUCUCUCUUUGAUCAAUA